AUGAAGCGUCGUGGUAGAGACUCUCGCUUUGGAGUUGUGUCCAUGUGCAUAGGAACCGGGAUGGGAGCGGCAGCUGUGUUCGAAAGAGGGGAUUGUGUAGAUGGCCUUUGCAAUGCGAAGAAAAUAGACUAG